AUGGAACUUUGGUCUGAAAGUGGUGAGUGGAUCUCUGCGAAGCACCAAGUUCUGACAUUAGGAACCAAGAAUUUGUCAUGGAGGAUGGUCGAAUGUUGCAUACCACAUAAUUGUUCUGAUAAGUGGAUAUGCAUCAGUGGUGUUAUUUACUACGAAGCUCCAGACAACUGGGCUUCCAUGCGUUCCAUGGUAGUUUGUUUUGAUUUGAGGUCUGAGAAGUUGAGCUUUGUGAAUUUCAUGGAAACUUCCAGUAAAGAAAUGCCUGUUUCAACAACUCUGAUAAACUACAAUGACAAACUAGGUUUGCUUAUGUCGGGAGAUUCUGAUGAUAAUAGUGGUUAUGGUUGUAUUUGUGGAGAAAUUUCAGAGGACAUGCACAUUGCUGGAAUGGUUGGUGUUAAUGAAAUCGUAUUGACCCCCUGGUACAAAUCCGUGCCUCCCUAUGUCAUCUACUUCAACGUUGAGAGAAAGACCAUCACAAAAGUUGGAAUUCGAGGAAUGGAAGCGUUUCGGGAAGCUGAUCCAUAUGCAUGUAGGCAUGUAGGUAGUAACAAUAUGAACUUUUCUGAUGAAGAGGAAGGUGAAAACCUCAAGACGGUCAAAGAUGGAAUUAGGUCUGGUUCAGAUAAUGAUCAAGAUGAGAGGAUUUAUUUUGAAGAGCAGAAUGAUAGUUGUAGCAGUAAUGAUGAUGGCACAGAGAUGGAAUGUGAUGGACACAAGCAUGGUGUAUCCGAAUUCCAGCAACAAGUGGAGGUUCUUGGGAUAUGCUUUAAUAAAAUCAAUCCUUGGUCGUUGGACCAGCUGACACGAAAUAACGGUCCUAUGGUGAUUGGCUGA